AUGAGCGAUACCAAAGAGCUUCGACAUUUACUACCCACCGACACCACCUUACAUAAAGGUAUGCAAGGUCGACUUUUCAACAACAUCGUUCUCUGUGGUGGCAAUGUUCUCUUUGAUGGAUUCAGGAAAAGAGUGUUGGUUUUUCCGGUUAAUUAUCUUGUUUUACCAGAUUCUUAUCGAGUAUCUCUUCAGUGUCACUUAUGUCUGGCAGUACAGGUGCCAGGAACCUUAACGGGCUGA